AUGCAUAAAAAGGGGAAGCUCACGGAAAAGAAGGAGCAGCUCAAGCACAAGUCCAAACCUCCAGGCGGCUUCGACCCCACUCCGCUACCAGACGCCCCUCCAGGAUACACCCUCAAGUUCACAUUCCACCGCGCCGAGAAUCUGCCCGUCGGCGACCUUCACCUCACCUCGUCCGACCCCUUCCUCAAGGCUACCCUGAUAGCCGCCGUGCCUCGGCGGCACAAGGAAGACCCGCUGCUCACCCGGCGCACCCGCACGCUCAGGAAAACCACCGAGCCGGCCUGGGAAGAGGACUGGGUCGUCGCGAAUGUUCCCGCAUCAGGGUUCACGCUCAAGUGCCGGCUGUACGACGAGGACUGGCCGGACCACGACGACCGCCUGGGCAACGUCACCAUCCGCGUUCCCCACGUGGACGAGAACUGGGAAGGACUGGGUCCGGACGGCCGCGUGUUUAGCGUCAAGAAGCGCGCGGGUAGCAAGGUGGCCUAUCUGGUCAAGGGUGUCUCGGUCGCGCUGUGGUGCGGACCGGGGUCUGUCACGCCGCGUCUGCAUGUCAACAUCAAGGUGCUCGGCAAGUCGGAUCCGCCGCAUGCCCAGAUGUAUACCGUUGGGCCGACUACAUGGGUGAAGCACUACAGUCCCAUGAUUGGGCGGUUGACGGGCGUCAAGGUGAACAGGGAGGAGCAGGAGGCUGCGUCGUCGAAUGCAAAUUCAGACAAGAGGGAGAACCAGACAAAGAAAUACGACUUUCAAGCAAACGAGAUCCAGCUCUCGGGUCCCGUCCCGCCGCGGCUUUACCAUCGCUACGUCGAGUUCCGCCCCAUGAUCGGACGUAUGUUCUCGUCGCGUGGCAUCCGGGGCCGCAUCUUGCACGCGGUCCUCCACAAGCAGCACAACCGCAUCUACAACUACGACUCGGGCACCGAGUACGGCUCGUUCCCGCCCUGCAGCGAGGAGGCGUCGCUGCAGUUUCUGCGCAUGGCGCACUUUGACGAGGGCGGUCGCGUCUUCACCUAUGUCAUCACGCUCGACGGCAUGAUGCGCUUCACCGAGACCGGCAAGGAGUUCGGCAUCGACCUGCUGAGCAAGCACACGAUGCACUCAAACGUGGCGACCUACGUCGCGUGCGCGGGCGAGUUUUUUAUCCGGCGGCUCGCCCAUCCCGCCGAUGACGACAGCCAUCAACCACAGGACAACAGCAAUGAUCAACUGGAACAUUUCCAACCAACCCACCCGCCAAGCUCACCACCAGGCGGACCCCCAUCCUCCUCGCCCCCACACGACCCAAGGCUCUACCAACUAGUAAUCGACAACGACAGCGGCACCUACCGACCCGACGAAUCCGUCCUCCCAGACCUGCAAUCUUUCCUGUCGCGCAACUUCCCCGGCCUCCACGUCGUGGCGAUGCACUGCGCCGACGAGCGGCUGGCCGAGAUGAAGAAGGCGCAGCUGGAGGCCAAGAAGAAGGAGGGAGACGGGAUGGUGGUCAUGGGCCGGACAAGUAUCAGCUCGAGCGGGAGCAGUAGUAGUCUGUUUAGUUCGGAGGACGAGAGUCGCUUGGGACGGUUGGAGAUUGCUGCAGCGGAGGAGGAGGAUAAUGAUGAUGGAGCGGGGGGGGGCAGGAGUGGGAGGGAGAGGGUCUUUGAUGUGGUUAGUGAGCCUGGGAGGUGGAGGGAGGUUCUUGGGUCUGCUGGGCCUGGGAUUAGGGGUGGGAAAGGGAAAGGGAAGGAGAGGGAAAGGGGUUGA